AUGUUGUGCUUGUUAUCCCCUGAUGUUGCCAACACGAGCUCUGUAUAUGAAGUGAACGGGAAUCCAAUUAAGAAGCACAAAGGGUAUUUGGCGUUCAAGUUCGAGGAUUACAACUGCACGGUGGAGUAUUACAGGGGCGAAGGUUCGAUUGACGUUGAAACUGGGUUUGAUGGAUUGGUGCUCAUCCCAUUGGAGGAAUGCUGA